AUGUUUCUUAGUUUGCUUACAGUUGUGCUUGCACAGUGCUUUGACUCCAUGCUUCAAGUCCCCCGAGUGAUUACAUUGUUUGCCAUUAUUGUUAUGCUAUUCACUGGAGUAUUUAUACUUCGUGGAUUUAGCAUUAAAAUGGUUCAGUUCUCUGUCGAUUUCAUGGCCUCGGACAGCUCUGCCUGUCUUGAUGAGGCUGGAAAUCAGGAGGACGAAAUUGAUCACUCUGGCUUUGAAGAAGACCAUGUUUCGGAUAACGAAGUAGAAUACGGACGUUCCCGGAAUGAAGAAGGCGACCAUCCAGAUAGUGAAGAAGAAACAAGGAAUUUGGAUACAAGUCGGAAGUUCGAGGAAGUAAUUAAGGAAAAUGAAAAUCUUUUCUUGAGGUUUGAGAAAGAGAGAUUAGAAAAGGAUCAGCUGAUCGACGAAUUACUGGACAAGGUAGAGGGCCUGACCGUAGCAGGACUGCAGAUAGAAGAACACAUCAGACAACUCGAACGACUAAACAAAGAAAAGGAAAGAAAGAUCAGUUCACUGUCCGAAGAGAUAGAGAAGCUGAAAAGCGAAAUGAUUGAAAAGGCGAAGGUCACAGAUGUCCAAAGGAAGGAAAACGAGGAGAGAGACCAGAUGCUAAUUAUUUUGGAAAACACGGUCUCAGUGCUCUCGAUGGAGAAGGACACUUUGCAUCGAAAUCUACAGCAAAACGAUAAAAGCCGAGACGAAAUGCAAAUAAAAAUGAACAAGCUGAAUCAGGACCUGGAAGGACUUCGAAAAGAGAAUGGAAGGAAAGAAAAGAACAUAGAAAAGCUGAAGAGGGAGAACGAGAACAAGACCUUGAAGAUGAAAGGUUUAGAGGACGAGUUACAAGUCCUCACCAUUCAGACACAGAUGGCCAACGAAAAUUUGAAAGAGCUCGACCAAUGUAAAAGAGAAUUAGCUGAGAAAAACGAGGAACUGGAAAAGCUGAGAAAACAGAACUUGCAGAAGGAUAGCGAGAUCCUUCGACUGGAAAAUGAAUGCACCCAGAAACAAUUGGAAGUCAGCGGUUUACUGAAAGAAUCUAAAUCUGUUGUAGCAGAACAACCGGUGGCAAAUGGAAAGAUGAAUGACCUGAUUAGGAGGAUAGUUCAACUUGAAUUCGACCUUGCUGAGACGAAGGAGCAACUAGAGACCAGGGGUUUUGAAGAGAUGGAAGCAUUAAUGGAAAUCGUAAGACCCCAAGAAGAGAUCUUGGCACAGGAUACAAAGAUCAGCUGCUCAGGAAAGGUCAAAAUCCUUAAUGGACCAAAGAAUUAUAAAGAAAAGGAAGUUUGCAGAAGAGAGAGGACGAUAACGAAAGCUGAAGACAAAAAGGCUUCGGAUAAAACUCUGUGUCUGAAGAAGCCCCAGAUCAACUGCAGAGCCCUCUACCGACGAAUGGACAGCAUCGAGGAAGAACUUCGCCAAAUCAAAGGAUUGCAACGACCUUCAGCUGGCACCAAGAGGCACUCAAAGGCCCCAAAUGAAACUCCAUCAAUUGAGAAGCCUCUAAACAGAGAUGAAUUGCACCAGAAAAUGGGGCUGAUAUCUGCAGCCAACCUCCAACGACUGGAGCGAGAUGCUAAAAUGGUCCGAGAACUCUACAAGAUAAACGCCGUCACGUAA